AUGGCUUCACCACAACCUACAAUCCUCACAACUCAGAGCGACACAUUCCCCUACCCACCCCACCACUCCUUUCCUCCCUUCUACACCCUCCAACCAAACCAGUCCACCCUCCUCCGCCAACUCUCCCUCUGGUCCCAACUAAUCCAAUCCUUCUGCUCCCACCACCACACCUUCAAACUCUCCAUCUCUUCCGCAGCCUCCCUUCCCCUAUUCUCCAACGCAAAAAUUCACAGGAGUUUAGACGCGUUGUCCAUAAAAAAAGUCCUAGAUUUUAUGGCGUCGGCUGAAGGCGAACAUCGUGCUGAAUACGUGGGAAAAGAUAAGAGUACGGCGUGGAUUUGGUGGAAGAGCGCGGCUGAGUGGGCCGAGGAGAUUGCAAGGUGGGUGGAUGAGACGGGUCAGAAGGGUGUGGUGUUGACGAUCUAUGAGUUGAGAGAAUCAGAGGCGGUGGAGAAGCAGGAGUGGGUGGGAAUGGAUGAGGAUAUGUUGAGAAAGUGCUUGGAUGUCUUGGUCAAAAAGGGGAGAGCGCAGGUCUUUGGCCAGGCCGAUGGAAGUGGUGUCAAGUUUUUCUGA